UCGGCAGAGGGAGUUGAGCCGAGCUGAACUGAACCGAGGCGGACGGUUUUCCCUGCUUACUCACAGAAACGAGCCUCAAACUCUCCAACACAGCCCCCGGGAGGCAGCCCAGACUCUUCCGAGAGGACAAAGGGGGCGGUUUCUCUCUCGGAGCGGGCCCGGAGCCCCAGCUCUCGGAGCAGGCGCGGGGAUUCACCUGAGCGCCUCACCGAUGACACCUGUAGCCGCGGCGGCGGCGGCGGCGGUGGUUGUUUUGGUCGCCGCCUCGAGGCUCACGGCUCAGUCCGAGCGCCUGUAAACACACACCGGCUGCCCGCUUCGCUCCUCUGAGCUCUCGGCGCCGCUGAGGAUGAAGGUGACGGUGAAUUUCGGCAGCACUGGGGUGGUCGUGCCCUGCAAAGACGGCUGGGUGGUGCGCGACCUCAUCGUCCAGGCGACUCAGCGAUACAGGAAGAUUGUGGAACAGGAUGGGGAGUUCCUGGUGCGGACGCACCACGUGGAGUAUGUGGACGGGGGGAUCCUGGACCCGGACGACCUGCUUACAGACCUGGUGGAAGACAAGGAUAAGCUGAUAGCCGUGUAUGAGGAGAUGGAGCUCCAGCAGAGGGCAGUGGCGAGUCCAGGGGGCAGCGUGGUGUCCGGCUACUCCAGCCCUGAACCCUCAGAGCCUGAGCUGGGCAGCCUGCAACCCGGCAGUGAGAUCGAGGUCACCUCCAGCGCUCUAAAAUCAAACACGCCUCUUCUGGUCAGAAGCAGCAGCGAGUCCAUCCUGCCCUUGGAGACUCGGACGCCUGAAGUGGACAACUACAGCAGCAGACCACAGACAACGGAUGCCGGCCAUGUGCUGACCGUGAAAGGUGGUGCCAUGGACAGAGCGAAGGACGACAUGCCGAAGUCCUGGGCUGGCCAGUUCUCCGCCAGCACUCUCACCAGGACGGUGGAGAUCUCUGGAGAACUGGGCCCUUUGGGGAUUAAAGUUAUUCCAUAUUGCUCCUCACUGAGUGGAAGGACUCUAGGCCUCCAUGUUAAAGGCAUCGAGGAGAACAGUCGUUCGAAGCGAGAGGGCAUCUUUCAGGAGGACGAAUGCAUUGUCCAGAUCAAUGACAGCGAGCUAAUAGACAAGACUUUUGCUCAAUCACAGGAGGUAUUUCGCCAGGCCAUGUCCUCCCCACUUGUGCGCCUUGAGGUGCUGCCCGUAGCCAACAAGCUCACCUACGAGAAGAGCCUCAUUGGCCAGCUGUUCAGUGGUCCUGAGUCUGUCCCCCACACAGUCCCCAAGGUCAAGAGCCCUUUCCUGGUUCGCAAGGCCGACGGCAAAGCCACUGACCGCCUGCUGCGGCCAAGCUCCGAGACCCCACCUCCAGAAGAAACCCCACCUCCCGUAAGGCAUGCUCCCAAGGAGGCUGAGCGUCGCCAGGAGACCCCACCUCCUCCCGUGAGUGCCUCACCCACUCCCAAGGGUCGCAGUGAAAGCCCCGCCUCCAGAAGAAGCCCCGCCCUCGCCACUCCGCCGAACACGGCUACCAAGAAGGGCGGCAAGAAGAUGAAGAUAAAUCUUACAAAAGGUACAGAAGGGCUUGGCUUCACUGUGGUGACCAGAGACUCCUCUGUGCACGGCCCGGGGCCUAUCUUGGUCAAGAGCAUCCUGCCCCGCGGCGCUGCUGUGAAGGAUGGACGCCUGCAGUCUGGGGACCGUAUCUUAGAGGUGAACGGAGUGGACAUAACUGGCCAUACGCAGGAGGAGCUGGUGGCUAUGCUGCGGAGCACCAAGCUGGGAGAGACUGUAUCACUGGUUAUUACCAGACAGGAGGAGCUGUUUUUACCCAGGGAGCUGAAAGGAGAACCGCCAGGACCGGCACUUUCCGAAGAUGGCCGAGAGCAGCUGAUGUUUGAGGUUCCUCUGAAUGACUCGGGCUCUGCUGGCCUGGGGGUCAGCCUGAAGGGCAACAAGUCAAGAGAGACCGGAGAGGACCUGGGCAUCUUCAUCAAGUCUGUCAUCCAUGGAGGUGCUGCCUUCAAGGAUGGGCGUCUCCGGGUGAACGACCAGCUUGUGGCUGUCAACGGUGAAUCCCUUCUCGGUCGCUCCAACCAUGACGCCAUGGAGACCCUGAGGCGUUCCAUGUCCAUGGAAGGCAACCUGCGAGGAACCAUCCAGCUGGUGGUUUUGCGAACGUUGGAGCGCCCCCAAGCCCAGGAGAACAGUCAGAGCCAGGCCAGAGAGAGCCUUCCUGUCCAGCGGGCCGAGAACGGCAAAGCCGGUGGUGUUUCACAGCCCCCAAUGGUGUCCAAUAACAUCUACGAGCGCGCUCCAGGGCCCAUCACCAUGUCUAAUGGUAGACAUAAAGUGCAUGACGAAGACUAUGGUGAAGAUUUCCCCCCUCCUCCUGAUCUGGAUAUGAUGGAGCCAGGUCCCAGUGCUCAACAGAGCUACCAACAAAACAGAAAGGAAAGGGAACUGCCAGGCCGUCCGACUCACCAAUAUCAGCAGACCCAGAGAGUGCCUGACUACCCAACAAAGGCUUCCAAAAGCAUGGACCUAGUGGCGGACGACAGCAAACUUGGUGUCAUGCAGGCACAGAGAGCUGCACCCUCGAUGUCCAGCGGCCAGCCUUUGGGCCCCACGCUGGGCCUGUACAAGUCCAGCUCUCUGGAGAGCCUGCAGACAGCAAUGGAGGAGGCCAGCAAGAGCGAAGUGCCCUUCCACCGACCCACCACGAACAUGGUGCGUGGCCGUGGCUGCAACAUGAGCUUCAGACAGGCCAUCGAUAAGUCCUACGAUGGGCCGUCUGAGCCUGACGAUGAUUACUCAGAUGACAGCUCAGGCAGGGACACUCCUGCCAGUGGCUCCUCACGCCAAGAGCUCGAGGACGGGACUAAGGAGAAGAAGAAGAAGACCAAAAAGAAGAAAGAGAAGAAGAGUAAGGCCAAGAAGAAAGAUGAGGUGGUAGAAGACCCAGAGAAGAAAACCAAGAAGAAAGGAUUUGGACUGUUGAGGUUUGGAAGGAAGAACAAAGAAGAUAAGGCCAAAGCCAAAGCUAAGCUGGGCGCGCUGAGUGAAGAAGAAGUCGAUAAGAGCGAAGCUGAAAUGCUCCCACAAGCACUGGAAGUGGACAGUUCAGUCCCUAACCAAGCAUCCUUUCCUGAUGUGGAGGAUGAUGAUUUCGACCCAAACUACGCCCGUAUCAGCAACUUCAGAGAUCCUCCACCUCCUAGCUACUCCCCUUUUAUGAACCGUACGCCCUCUCCUCACCACCCCCAGCCCACAGCCCCUGCCCACAGUGGACCACCGCCUAAUGAAGUCCCGCUGGAGGGGCUCUACGCAAAAGUCAACAAGCCAAAGGCUGCUGCCCCACCACAAAUAGCUGACAGUAAUGAAGCUCGUCUGCAGCAGAUUCGAAGCCAGCUGCAGCAUUUAAAGCCUGCUCCAUCUUAUGCUGAAUCAGGGGCUGGCCAUAGAAUCCAAGAGUAUGACCCCUCACGGAUAAGAGGCCCUGAUUCCCGUGCUGCUCCAAGAUAUGAAGACAUCGAUCGGCAAUAUACAAACAGACGAAACCCCACAGAUGACUAUCCCUCACAGGCUUGGGCUGGCCAGAAGGAAGCAGGACGUUACCCAAAUCCCAGCCUGGCCAGGGAUCCCUACGGCAACCAGCCAGCUUCGCCUCGGCUUCCCAUGCCUCGGCCUGAAGGCCAGGGCGGGUAUUACCCAUCACCUCCCCCCGUGCAGAGGGGGCCGCUCAGGCAGGACGUCCCCCCGUCUCCCACUCCGGGCAAGCGGGCAGCCCCCAGCUACGAAACUGUGGCUAAGGGAGGCUACCGUACUGCCAACCAAGACCAGUAUGGUGCUUAUGGAGAUGGACAGUACCCGGACCCUCGACAGAAAAAACCUGUGAUAGGAGCUGUGUAGAAUAAGGCUACUGGUGUUAAUGGCUAAUGUUUGUUUUUCAUGUUUAGGAGAUUUUGAAGGAACAUGUCUGUUUGCUUAGGUGGUCCCGAACCCUGGUCUUGGCGCAUGCUUGCUCUGCACAUUUACUGUUUUUCUGCUCUAGCACAACCGCAUCAACUCAGGAGGGGCUUGUUAGUGAGCAGCCUGGAUUUCCCCAAAAGCAUCAUAGCACAACAAUUAUUCUUAAGUGGUAGAUCACACUGAACAGGCUCUACCAGUUAAGAUGAUUUUGGGAAACUAGGUCCUGAUUGGUUGGAUCAGGUGUGCUAGCAGGGAAGUCAAGAAAAUGUGCAGGACAAGGUGCACUUCAGGACGAGUGUUGGAAACGGCAUAAUGCUAAAGUAACUCUAAUGACAUUAGUGGCUUAUCUGCCUCUUGAGUUUUUUGAAGCCAUUGACAGAUUUUGAAGGAACAUUCUGAAGGAACAUACACUGUAAGGCCAUAGGUUUGCAGACACCUUCUCAUCCAAUGUUGUUCAUCUUUUGCUGCAGUAACAGCAUCUACUCUUCAGGGAAGGCUUUACAAUAGAUGUUGGAGCAUCGCUGUGAGGAAUUGAUUGAGCAUUAGUGAGGUCAUCCCAAGGUAUUGGAUGGAGCUAAAGCACUCCAGAGAACACAGUUCCACCACUCCACAGUCCUAUGCUGGGGGCCUUUAUGCUAGAUCUUUUUUUGGGAACUUUUUGUCCAAGUCUGAUAUGACUUGACUUGACUUUAUAUCACAACCCAACAAGAGCUCAAUGGUUUUGUCUGCACUCCAUCAUCAAGUUUGAAUCUGCUUUAGGACCAACGGAAUUCUGUCCAAAGCUGAUCUGGACUGGUCCAUCAUCUCCCAAAUUGUUUAAAAAAAUGGACUGGAUAUCACCAGUUAAACUCCCCAAUAGUGGUAAUUAAAGUCAUUAUUAGAUCCCAGACAAAUGAAAUAAAAACAGUGUAGAAUAUUAUAUAGCAAAUGACUUAGCUCAGAAAUGUAGUUACAUUCCAUUUUAACAUUCAUUUGUCAAGCAAUGGAAAAUUUUGGGGAAAAAAAUGGAAGAACUGUACACUUCCACUUACCUCCUCGACCUUGGUGCUAAAUUCAUGAGUAGGUGACUAAAAUCUCAGAACUGUUUUAAAGUAAUGACCGGCAUUGGCACUGGGCUUGGUGGCCUCAUGCCCAUCUCCUCCUGAGUGUGCCAUUUUAUCUGCAUUGCAUUUCUAUGGAGAUUAUACAAGCUGUUCGUCUGCAAGUGAACGCCCAAUGGGGGCACCUUAAAGUAGCUGAAUUCACGAAUUAGAAUGGAUGUCUGGAUGAGAAGGUCAUAUCAUAUCAAACCUAUAUGUAGAGCCCAGGUCACUAACCCUGCUCCUGAAGUACCCCUGUAGAUCUUGGUGCUUUUUAUGCUACUAAACAAAAGUUUCUCAAGGCCAGACUUGAUGUCUUACAAUCAUGAGAAAAAUUGUGCUAAGUAGGGUGGGAAUGUAGACUUGUUAGGGUGGGAAGUAACUUGGUGAAUCUAUCCAUUGGCUCGUAAAGGAGGAGCUCAGACUUGAUGGUCGCACUCGUCAACAUUGUCCGGCAGACAACAAGCCUGUCCCUUGGACGUAAUGUAAGUUAGCAUGGCCCAGAUGAAAACCGAGUUGCAUGAGAAAAGGUUUCGUGAGCUAACGACUGUGUUUUGCUGCUCGUGUGUGCUUCGGAUGCUUUGGGAUUGUUCCUGGAAGUUGGUCGGAAGGGUUAUAGAGGGGACAUAUCUUCUUUAGUGACCUUUGUAAUCCAACACACAAAGUUUAUCAAGUUGUUCCCCGACUUACAUCUGGCGUCAACAAGAAACAACAAGGCUAGCGAAGUUUCUGGCUGAUCUGCCUCUUUCUCGAUUUUGAAGGAUAAUUUUUGUCGCAGGAAAUAUUUGCUUGUUUAACGGAUGUGAAAGAAAUGCCAAAAUCCUAUAUGGAACAAAAAGGUUGGAAUUCUUUGUAAAUGAUGUUUGUAUUUUUUUUCCAUGUUAAACAUCAAACCCUCAUUAUCUGCUGGCCCAGCAGGGCAGGUCCUCUUAUGUUGUACAUUCCACAGUCAGUAACUUAAAUCACCGUAUGCUGAUCUGUUUGUAUUCUGUAUGUGUGUACGGUCGCAUGUAUCUAGCUCAUCACCGCCGUCUGAGACGGGUUCUACUGUAGAUUACGUUUCAUCUGUGGUUUUCGACGGUCAUUAUCUGUGUUGUUUUCCUCAUGGCUUCAGGCUGUGGUUUGCCAGUGCGUGUUAUCUGAUAACAGAUAGUCUCCGUCUUCUCACAGCAACGUCUUGAAAGACGACUCGCUCUCUGCAGCAUCUCCUGAAUGAAUAGGUGCCUUAUUGUUGUUCCGAGGACAGAUUAUGUUGUGAUUAGUUGGUAAUGAGGAAAUGAGCGUGCGGUGGUGAUUAACAGCUAGUCGUGUUGCGUUUCGGGUCUUGCUAAUAGGAGUCUGCUAAUGUUGUCACUUUGCGGAGUUUUAAUGAAGAGAGCUCCACUGUGAGAACGGUGCACCUGAAACCUCUGAAGCAAUGAGGAACUUUGUUUUUCUUUUUUUAUGUUAAUCUAUUUGUGCACACACUGGGGUGUUAGGUCAGUCAACCAUAGCCAAACUUGUUCAGGUAUAUGAUGAUGUCAGUAAUGUUGGUUAUUAAUGUGGGGAUUCUUGGAGGGGAAUUUUGUACAUUUUUGUGAAAUUUUAACCCAUAAAUGCCGCCAUUCUUUAUUCUUUAAAUGAUAAAAUAUAAAGACUGAGUUUCUGAAACCCGCCACUUAGCUUGAUUAUGCUUCUCUACCAUGCUACAAUCCACAAAUCAAGCUUUUUAUAAGGUGUAAAACUUAUGCAAAGUAAUUUAGAGCCAAAUCAAAGGUACUAUAGCGGCUUUCCUUAUUUAUUUCCAUGAUUUAUUUUUUGAAGGCAAGAGAACAAAUUAUACGAAAUGUGUAUUUUAUCUAUGAGAAUAAAAGACUAGCUUACGUGCUACUUUAGUAAGUUUAUAUUCUGUCUUUGGAAAAACCAGUUUGUCAAUCUUGUACGUAUCUAAGAUGAGCCAGUCGAUUGAUCUCUUUAUGACAUUUUUAUUUUGUAGCAUGUUUUUCAAUAAAAGUGAAGAUGAAAUUAAAAAA